UCAACUCCACCUUUUCUUUCCCCCUCCUCCCCGAGGGCUGUACAGCUGGCAAUUCACAGACAAAAGGGUGAUAGGCAUAAUUGGCUAUUAGGCGGCCCUGUAUUCUGUCAACAGACACUUUCUACUGGAGGACUAAUAAGUAGGACUUGGUUUCACGAGUAGCCUGUUAUAUUUUGGAUACCUGAAUUACCCUCCACUUUUGCUGAUACCGUUACAAUUAUACAGAACACAUAAACAGGGUCGUCAUGGUGAUCUCACGACGGUGGCAACGCUGUAUCGUCGGCUUCCUCUUAGGCGUGUGGCUUCCUGCCUGCCUCUGCCAGACCACGCCCCCAUCCCCGGCCAUGCCAGUGGCCACGCCCCAGGCGGAGAGGCUGAAGUUCCGGCUGGUCGGUUACCCCCGGAAACACAACGAGGGACGUGUGGAGGUCUUCUACAAGGGAGAGUGGGGGACCAUCUGCGAUGACGACUUCUCACUGGCCAAUGCCAACGUCCUCUGUCGCCAGCUGGGCUUCGUCUCGGCCACCGGCUGGACCCACAGCGCCAAGUAUGGCAAGGGCCUCGGGAGGAUCUGGCUGGACAACGUGCAGUGCAACGGAGGAGAGAAGAGUAUCGACCUGUGCAAGUCUCGGGGCUGGGGCAACAGUGACUGCACCCACGACGAGGACGCUGGGGUGGUCUGCAAGGACGAGAGGCUCCCUGGCUUUGUGGACUCCAACGUCAUCGAUGUACAGGUGGACGACAACAAGGUGGAGGAGGUCCGGCUGCGGCCCGUGGUCGCUGUGGCGAAGCGGAAGCUGCCGGUGACGGAGGGCGUGGUGGAGGUGAAGUACAAGGAGGGCUGGGCGCAGGUGUGCGACGUGGGCUGGACCCCCAAGAACACACGCGUCGUCUGCGGAAUGCUGGGGUUCCCCCACGAGAGGAAGGUCAACAAGAACUUCUACAAGCUGCAUGCGGAGCGUCAGAAGAGCGUCUUCCUGCUCCACUCGGUGGGCUGCGUGGGUACGGAGGUGCACCUGGCCGCCUGCCCGCUGGAGUUCAACCAGGCCAACGCCACGUCCUUCUGCCGGGGCGGGAUGCCGGCCGUGGUCAGCUGCGUGCCCGGCCCCCAGUACACGCCCAGCGGCAUGAAGAAGAAGCCCAAGACGUCGAGCACGGUGAGGCUGAAGGGGGGGGCCAAGCUGGGGGAGGGACGUGUGGAGGUUCUGAGGAACAGCCAGUGGGGCACAGUGUGUGACGACCGCUGGAACCUGCAGUCGGCCAGCGUGGUGUGCAGGGAGCUGGGCUUCGGCAGCGCCAAGGAAGCCCUCACUGGAGCCCGCAUGGGCCAAGGCAUGGGCCCCAUCCACAUGAAUGAGGUGAAGUGUCUGGGCCAGGAGAAGUCCAUCUGGAACUGCCCCUACAAGAACAUCACGUCUGAGGACUGCCAGCACGUGGAGGACGCUGCCAUCAUAUGCAACACACCCUACAUGGGGGUCGAGAACUCGAUCCGCCUCACGGGGGGCCGGACGCCCUACGAGGGCCGCGUGGAGGUGCUGGCCACAGACAACAACGGGACUCAGAGCUGGGGUCUGAUCUGUGGGGAGGCCUGGAGCACCAAGGAGGCCAUGGUGGUCUGCAGGCAGCUGGGGCUAGGCUACGCUAACCAUGGUUUGCAAGUCCGAAUAGUGGGCGGCCGGACCUACUAUGAGGGCCGUGUGGAGGUUCUGGUUGGGUCACGUUGGGGCACAGUGUGCAGCGAGCGCUGGACCACCAAGGAGGCCAUGGUGGUGUGUCGACAGCUAGGGCUGGGAUACUCCAUGCAUGCCAUCACUGAAACCUGGUACUGGGACAGCAGUAACGUAACAGAGAUGAUAAUGAGUGGUGUGAGGUGCACAGGAAGUGAGAUGUCGCUGGAUCACUGCCAGCACCACAAGUCUGUCACCUGCCAGAAGGCUGCGGCCAAGUUCUCAGCUGGGGUCAUCUGCUCCGAGACGGCGUCCGACCUGGUCCUGAACGCGCCCCUGGUGCAGUCGAGCGUCUACAUCGAGGACCGUCCGCUGCACAUGCUCUACUGCGCCGCCGAGGAGGACUGCCUCUCCAAGUCUGCCUCCAAGGCCAACUGGCCCUACGGCCACCGCAGGCUGCUCCGCUUCUCCUCCCAGAUACACAACAUCGGCCGGGCCGACUUCAGACCCAAGGCCGGGCGCCACUCCUGGGUGUGGCACGCCUGCCACGGCCACUACCACAGCAUGGACAUCUUCACCCACUAUGACCUGCUGUCGGCCAACGGCAGCAAGGUGGCCGAGGGCCACAAGGCCAGCUUCUGUCUGGAGGACACGGAGUGCUUUGAAGGUAUCUCCAAGAGGUACGAGUGUGCCAACUUCGGCGAGCAGGGCAUCACGGUGGGGUGCUGGGAUCUGUAUCGCCACGACAUCGACUGCCAGUGGAUCGACAUCACAGACAUCAAGCCUGGGAACUAUAUCCUGCAGAUUGUUAUAAAUCCAAAUUUCGAAGUGGCAGAGAGUGACUUCACUAACAACGCCAUGAAGUGCAACUGCAAGUAUGACGGUCAUCGCAUCUGGCUUCAUAACUGCCAUAUUGGUGAUGCGCUCAGCGAGGAGGCUGAGAGGAGUUUUGAUAAGUACCCCGGACAACUCAACAACCAGAUCUCCUAAUUGUCGUGGUAACAGGUCAUCUUGCCAGACCAGCUGAAGGGGGGAAGAGGGGAGGGUCAUGUUGUACACAGUAGCUAGGUAUAUAGGUCCCACAAGCCCUUAAGUCAAAGGCCCCCCUGUUUGCCUAGCUACCUACCUGGAUCUUAUGUACCCCAGUCAAGAUAUCUCCUGAAGCAACCACGCGGUUAGGACAGGAUUAUGGUCAUUUGUUGAAUGUGUGGGUGGAUGUAUGUGUGUCAAAGAGUCAUUUUACUUGAAUACUCGAGUGCUCUUUUAGUAAACAUUUAUCUCUGGCUCAGGGGGAGUCAAGUGCUAGACUGCUUCAAAGGGUUUCAUACCGGUACUUUCCAUGAGUACCGUCACGCAAGCUUGUAACGAAUGUUAGAGUAUGAAGUGUUAUUUUUUUAUCCAGUGCAUUUGAAAGGGGAUCCGGGGGGGAAGAUGUUCUGAUCGUCAGCAACCUCUAGAGUUUUUACAAGGAGCCGUCCUACUCUGGUGCUGCUCUGUGAAACCAUUGUCAUGUGUGCAGAAGUUUAUAUCUGACAACACAUCGUGACUUAUGCCAGUUCUUCUCAGAGCAUUUUUAUACCAUCUGCUUGUUUACCAUUUUGUCACAUUUUACACUCUUGUAUCUUUUUAUCUUCUUCAACUGGCAUUAAGGAAAUGAAGUAUUUGUGAAUGUAUUUAUUGUCCCAUUAAAGGUGGUAAGUAGUACCCCUGGAGCAAAAAAUGAGUACAAAUGAUUCACAACACUCACAUUCACAGACAGUUUUUUUGUGUUCCAAGAGUACUAUUAGAACUAAAGGUAAAGUGUUAAAAGUUCUGUGCAGAACAAGGGAAAUUGUAACACAUCUGGAAUAUAUAAUGUCAAUCCAAUACCUGCUUUAACCAAUAAAACUGUCAAGAGGAA